ACCAACCCACUCUCUCUCUCUCUCUCUCUUGACCAACAACAACCAAACACCCAAACCAAGACAAGGAAAACACCUUCAAGAAGGAAAACACCGAACAGAUGCUAUCGAACCAUCUCCCCAAUCGAACCACACUCACCUCAUUUCAUAAGAUCACAUAGUAUAUACACAUCUCAAGAAAAAAGCCCACUCAGCCGCAACCGAUUCCACUUCCAUUUCGGGUGUCAAUAAAUCUCCACACAUUGAAAAAAAAGAAAGAAAAAACAUCCUACAAUCUAUUAGGGAAAACAAGAAAGAAGACCUCAACUGAAACUAAACAAUGAAGCAAAUUCGAACUCAGAUCGAGAAAAACAAGUCUGGCUUUGUGACUCUGAAAGCUGAAAAUGAUGAAGACAUGUGGCAUGCCUAUAACUUAGUCACAGUGGGUGAUGAAGUCAGAUCAAUCGCCGUUAGGAAGAUUGUAGUCGAGACGAAUUCAGCAACCGGUUCCAAGGAUUCGCAUCGAGUCAAAUUGAACUUGACAAUCGAAGUGAAGAAAGUGAACUAUUCUGGGGUCGAGAUCCCCUCGUCGGGUGACGGGAACGAGAAGGGACUUUCGAUAGCCAAUCAGCCGACCGGCAGCUCGUCGUCGGGUGGCGCCUCCUUACAUCUCUCCGGCCAAAUCUCCAAACCAAACGAGCACGUCAAGAUGGGCGCAUUCCACACCCUCGAUCUCGAGCCCGAGCGCGAAUUCACGAUCAUCAAGGGUCCCGAUGGAUGGGACUCGGUGCAUGUCCAACGUCUGGCCGACGCCACCGACGCCUCCAAAUCUGCCGAGGUGGCCGCCAUCCUUGCCGACGAUACCGGUCGAGCGACCGUCUGCUUGAUCGGAACGCAUACCACCCUCAUCAAACAACGCAUCGAAGUCCCUCUCUCCAAGAAUAAGAAACCCGGUCAGGCUGCCGAUAAAACCCUCGAUAAAUUUCACAAACAGAUCUAUGAUUCGAUCCUCAAACACUUCAAUUUCUCGCUCCUUCGAAUGGUCAUCAUCGCUAGUCCCGGCAAUACCAAGGACACUGUGUUUGAAGCGAUUCUCGCACAAGCAAUCAAAGCCAAUAACAAAGCGAUCAUCACAUCCAAGUCGAAGUUCCAACGGAUCUAUACCCCGACGAUCCAUCUGCAAUCCCUGAACCAAAUCCUGAGCACCCCAGAAAUCCUGAACCAGUUGAAAGAUACGAAAUACUCGAAAGAGAUCCAGGCGUUGAACAAGUUCCAGAAGAUGUUGGAAGAAGAUGUGCAGAGGGCUCUGUAUGGCGAAGUGCAUGUCGAUCGGGCCGCUGAACGAGCUGCUAUCGGCUCCCUACUCAUCUCCGAUUCUUUGUUUAGGAAUCCAGACCCUGAAAAACGUAAAAAGUUCAUCAAGUUGACCGAAAGCGUUCAGCAAUUCGGCGGCGAAGUUUUAGUUUUUUCGAGCAUGCAUUCUACUGGUACAAGAUUGAAUGAGUUGACUGGAGUCGCGGCCAUUUUGACGUAUCCUUUAGACAUGGACCUGAUCGACCAAGAAGAAAAUGAAGCUUGAUCAAGGCCCCCAUUCUCUCCAUCCCUUCUUCUUCUUCUUCUCCAUCAUCCUUUCUUUUUUUUCUACGUUAUAUCACCGAUCUCUCUGCUCGGAAUCAUCUCCUCAACCGUCACACGCACAAGCAUGUAUAUCCUUUUCACCCACAUCACUUCAACAUAUAGAGAUUCUUAUUCUUUUUUUUUCGUUUGGGUUAUGGUCUGUUCGAUUCACUAGCAUCAUCAAAUGUCCUUUUCUUUUUUUUGGGGGGGUUCUAUGGGUUUUUUUCCCAUUCUACAUCUAUAAUCUGUACGGGUUUCUUUUCCUGUGACUAAAUAAAAAAUUGUCUUGACUUUCUGAACAAGCAAUAUGAAUGUCAACACGAUGGAUUCACAGCGGCUGAAACCAGAUCAAGUAUUGCGAGA